AUGAGGCUCGAAGGAUUACAACAAGAACCACGCGACACACAUUCAUCCGGCCCACUGUACACUGAACAACGUACUCCUACCGGCCUUGCUUCAUCAUCCGAACGCACGCCAUUGCUAUCACAAGAUCAGAUCGCGAGAGGACGUCGCCAUACUUUGGGCAAGAUGGGAAAAGUAAGGCAGUCGAAAGUUGCUAAGUUCCUAGACAAGAUUGCAGUCGAAAGCGAACCUGGUCUUACAAACGCUCAGUUGAUGCUGGUCAAUGAAGAUCUGAAACCAGUAGAGCCGGAACGACGACUGUGGGGAUCACGCAAUUUUGUGGCAUUCUGGGUGUCAGACAGCUUCAAUAUCAACACCUGGAUGAUCAGCAGCUCAAACAUCCUCGACGGACUCAGCUGGUGGCAAAGUUGGCUGUGCGUCUGGAUUGGAUACUCGAUCGCAGCUGGGUUCGUCUGCUUGACUGGCCGAAUCGGUGCCAAAUACCACAUCUCCUUUCCUGUUGUAUGCCGUUCUUCGUUUGGCAUCUGGGGAAGUCUCUGGCCUGUUCUAAACCGUGCUGGCAUGGCUGCUGUCUGGUACGGUGUACAAGGCUGGAUAGGAGGGACCUGCGUAUACCUCAUGAUCAGAGCAAUAUGGCCUAGCUGGGACUCUUAUGGCUCGAAUGGAAACAACAAUUCAAUGCCGACUUCGUCAGGAACGAACACUCGGGACUUUGUCAGCUUCUUCCUCUUCUGGGCAGGAUCUUUGCCUUUUCUUUGGUUUCCAGUACACCAGAUACGACAUCUCUUUACGGUCAAGGCUUACUUCGUCCCGACAGCCGGUAUUGCCUUCUUCAUCUGGGCGAUUGUCCGCGCAGACGGCUUGGGGCCAAUUGUCAAACAGGGAUCCACUCUUACUGGCAGUAAGCUGGGCUGGGCCAUUGUCAAGGGCAUCAUGUCAGCAAUUGCGAACUUCGCCACUCUGAUUGUGAACGACCCAGACUUCGCACGGUUUGCCAGGAAACCGCGGGACGCCCUGUGGGCACAGCUUCUUACCAUCCCCGUAGGCUUCGCUAUCACGAGCUUCAUCGGCAUCAUUGUGGCAUCUUCGUCGAACGUCAUCUUUGGCGAGCCUGUCUGGUCACCUUUGACACUUCUGCAAAAAAUUCCUGGAAGAGCCAGGUGUUACUGGCGGAACACGCUUCGGGGUUUUCGUGAUCGGGGCGGCUUUCACACUGGCUCAGUUAGGGACCAACAUUGCAGCGAACUCAAUCAGUUGUGGUACCGAUAUGACAGCUUUGCUGCCCCGAUGGAUCAACAUUCGAAGAGGAUCGUAUAUCUGCGCCAUCGUCGGCCUAGUGAUGUGUCCGUGGAAUCUUUUGGAGGAUAG